AUGAAGUGGUCGAGAAAGAAAUCCCCAUCUCUGUUCACUCGCGUCAUCUCCAAAUUCAAGCGAAAUUCAUCCAAAAACACCAAGAAUCGCGAUUUUCCCUCUCCGGGCUCCUCGUCAUUCUAUACAGAAGGAAGAUUCUACAGCAUGAACAAAGACGACAGGUACUGGAGAAUCUCCUUCAGCUACGACGGAAUCCAGCCGCGGCAGAGUAUCAACCCCAUCUGGCUAGAUCCCGACGUGUUUUCCGGCUCCAACAAGCUCGGAUCGGCUGAGCCUCCCAGGAAGAAUUUCACUGAGAUGGUUUCGGAUAUAAAGCGGAUGAGAGACAGAGAAAGGAGAAGGUAUAAAAUUGGAGGAGAGACAGAGCUUCCUCCAAAGGAAUCCGAAGAUUCUAGAAACUGUCGGGUGGACACGAGCCGGUUCAGGAACAUAAAGGUCAAACCCGAACCUAAAACCGAGGCCCGGGUGAGAAGAACAAGGGAAAAGGUUAGGGCCAUCAAGGCGUACUCCCCGAGAACCGAGUGCAAGAUCAGGGCCCUCGAGGAGAUACGUAAAUCGAGGACAAAGGCCAAGAAGAGGGUUCCGAAGGAGCGGGUGGUGGAGGGGAACACAGUUUUUGAUGGCUUUGCGGUGGUCGAGAUGUCGCUCGAUCCGCAUCGAGAUUUCAAGGAUUCCAUGAUUGACAUGAUUCGGGAGAAGGGGAUAGGGCAUCCUGAUGAUCUCGAGGAAUUGUUGGCUUGUUAUUUGACGUAUAAUUCCGACGAAUAUCAUAAUUUGAUCAUUAGCGUAUUCAGACAGGUUUGGGUCGAGCUCGGAAUUAGGAGUUGA